AUGCCAAACAUUGCAAACUUGGAUUUUGAACCCCUAAGUGUAAAGGGUGACAAUUACCUUCAGUGGGCUUUAGACAUUGAAAUCUCCCUCGGAGCCAAAGGCCUAGAGGAGUGUAUUGUCGAAGGAAAUGAAUCAAGUAAGAAAGACAAUGCUAAAGCCCUCAUGAUGAUUCGCCAUCACAUUGAGGAGAGCUUGAAAGCUCAAUAUCUCACAGUGAGCAAUCCAUACGAGUUAUGGAAAGAGUUGAAAUCGAGAUAUAAUCACCAAAAGACUGUGAUCCUUCCGGAAGCCAUGUAUGAAUGGACUCAUCUCAGGAUUCAAGACUUUAAGUCUGUGAAUGAAUAUAACUCAGCCUUGUUCAGGAUAGUCUCAAAGAUGAGACUAUGUGGCGAGAAAAUAACUGAUAAGCAGCUACUGGAAAAGACUUAUCAGACAAUGUCAUCAAGCAACAUGUUGCUCCAGCAACAAUAUAGGCAGAAAGGUUUUCAAGACCUACAGUGCUCUCAUAGCCUGCCUAUUGCUUGCUGA